AGACACGAGAAAUCAAUUAACAAAGUAAUCAAUCAUUACUUUCUUGGUCGGCGUGAGUCUCGCUCCUUCAUAAUCACAUGGCGGCCGUUACCCGCCUUUCUACGCGCGUCUCUUCCAUCGCAAAGCGAUAUCUAUCCUCCGAGCUCACCUCCCGCGCGCCACUCCCUCUUGUUCCUACGCGCGGAGAAGAUCAGAAGAACCGCCACGUACGGUGGGUCUUCCUCGGUUGUCCUGGCGUCGGGAAAGGGACAUACGCUAGCCGUUUAUCUAAUCUCAUCGGCGUUCCUCACAUCGCCACCGGUGAUCUCGUUCGCGAAGAACUCGCUUCCUCUGGUCCCCUCUCUUCACAGCUAUCAGAAAUUGUAAAUCAAGGUCAACUGGUGUCAGAUGAAAUUAUUAUAAAUUUAUUGUCAAAGAGACUUCUUGCCGGGGAAGCUAAAGGUGCUCUGGGAUUUAUUCUUGAUGGUUUUCCGCGAACAAUUAAGCAAGCAGAAAUAUUGGAAGGGGUAACUGAUAUUGACUUGGUUAUCAAUCUAAGGCUUCGAGAAGAUGUACUGCUUGAGAAAUGCCUUGGUAGGAGGAUUUGCAAUGAGUGUGGAGGAAAUUUUAAUGUUGCUUCCAUUGACAUCAAGGCUGAGAAUGGAAGCCCUGGAAUUGUCAUGGCUCCGCUUCUUCCUCCUGUCAAUUGUAUGUCGAAGCUCACUACUCGGUCAGAUGAUACUGAACCAGUUGUCAAAGAAAGGCUUCGGAUAUACAAUGAAUUGAGUCGGCCUGUGGAGGAGUUUUACCGCAACAGAGGAAAAUUAUUAGAGUUUAAUCUACCUGGAGGAAUCCCAGAAUCUUGGCCAAAGUUGCUACAUGCUCUUAGUCUUGAUGAUUAUGAGGAUAAGCACUCUGCUACAGCAUAAAGAUAUAAUAAGAAUAAGAAUAAAAAUAAUGUAUCAUAUUUCAUUCUUUGCAUGCAAUAUAUAUGCAUGAUUGACAAUUUUGCAGGAAGGAGAACCAAAGAAAAGGGACUCUAUUAGUAUUAUUUUGAACCAAUAAUGAUAUUGGAAGUGUUGUAAUAAUAUGAUAAAACUGAUAGGGUUGGGUUUUUUUUUCUUUUUGAAUGGUUAAAUGGUGUAGUGUAAGGUAAUCACAGCAUUGCUACAUAGAUAGUUGCUUGUCAAUAAGGUUCAAUAGAAUUGGUGCAUUGUUACUGUAUAGAUGUAAAUUGAAUGCAAAUGUACUAAUUUAUUGUGUGAUCACAUGCUUGAUAUUGCA